UUGUCUGUAUUUCAUACUUUUUUUAGGUUUAACAAAUACUCUGAUGACACGGUUCCGCGGGAAGGAGUUUUGAGGAUUUUCAUACUUUAAUUUUAGUUCUCAUCUCCUCGGUUUUACGGUUGGUGAGCUACAACGAAUCCAGCUGCCGCGGAUUUGACCUGCCUCACAUCAUGGACUGCUCGUUCUUGCUGCCCUUUUCCCAUUCUUAAUAAUAAGCUUUCAUGGCGCCAUAACAAUAAACAAAUCUGCAUUAAAAACCAUGAUCACCUUCUCCAAUUUCGCUUCUCCGUGACAUUGUUUUAGAAGGAGACUGGUGACCUGUCUUCGUCGAGGGAAAAAAAAGUAGUAAUUCUUCUUGGGGCGCUACAAAGAAUCCGGCUUUAUUACAUUUCGUUGAUUUUGCUGUGGGAAAGGUGGAAUUUUUGUUCAUUUCUGUUCCCCCCUGUUUUUUUGUCCUUUCUUUCUCCUGCAUCAGUGGCUAUGAAGUGUUUCCAUUACUUCUCGAGCAGAGAGAAAAAUGGUGGAGGAGGAGGAGGGGGAGGAGGAGGGAUACCGUCGCCGCCGCCAGCAGUGCUCAAAUCGGUUUCAGGGAACUCGAAUUCUUCUUCGGUUUCCAUGUCGAAUUCGACUGAUCUUGACAUGAGAAGAUCUGGGUCGGAGUUCAAUUCCCAGAACAUGUCCGAUUUCAGCACCGAAUCGUCUGCACAGAACUCGUUCGCGGUAAUGUCUCAGAGAAGACAGCAGCUGCUGCAGAGCAGUAACCUUCGCGUGUUCACAUUUUCGGAGUUGAAGUCGGCCACCAAGAACUUCAGCAGAUCGUUAAUGGUUGGAGAAGGUGGGUUUGGCGGAGUCUAUAGAGGGGUGAUCAAGAGCGCGGAGGAUCAUGGGAAGAAGAUUGACAUUGCUGUCAAGCAGUUGAGCAGAAGAGGGCUCCAGUUUGGUUGCACACAGGGACAUAAGGAAUGGGUUACAGAAGUCAAUGUGUUGGGCAUUGUUGAACACCAAAAUCUCGUCAAGCUGAUCGGCUACUGUGCUGAAGACGACGAAAGGGGCAUCCAGCGGCUACUGGUCUACGAGUACAUGCCGAACAGAAGUGUGCAGGAUCACUUAACAAGUCGGUUUCAGACGCCACUUUCCUGGGGUACAAGGAUGAAAAUUGCUCAGGACUCAGCCAGGGGACUUGCUUACCUCCAUGAAGUGUUGAUGCAGAUCAUUUUCAGAGAUUUCAAGUCAUCUAACAUACUUCUGGAUGAAGAAUGGAAUGCUAAGUUGUCAGAUUUUGGGUUGGCUAGGUUGGGGCCUUCGGAGGGUUUGAGCCACGUCUCGACUGCAGUUGUGGGGACGAUUGGGUAUGCAGCUCCUGAAUACAUACAAACCGGGCGUCUCACAGCAAAGAGCGAUGUGUGGAGCUACGGUGUUUUCCUGUAUGAACUCAUCACAGGCAGGCGUCCCUUGGACCGGAACAAGCCGAAGAAUGAACAAAAGCUGUUGGAAUGGGUGAGGCAGCACCUCUCUGAUAUGAGGAAAUUCAGGCUGAUUCUGGACCCCAAACUGGAAGGAAAGUACGAUCUCAAGUCCGCCCAGAGACUCGCUGCAGUGGCCAAUAGGUGCCUCAUGCGACAGGCUAAAGCACGCCCCAAGAUGAGUGAGGUUCUGGAGAUGCUUAACAAAAUCAUGGAUUCUGCACAACUCGGGACUAGUCCCCAACUCCCAAUGAAGACGCUAAGGGAUCCAGAAUCUUCCAGACGAAUUCCUCGUCUGAACCUCAGCAUGAAAAUGGGAGGCAAGGGAUGGUUCUGUUGGCGAAUACAGAGACCAAAGCUUCUGAGAGCAUCACGAAAGGGAGUGAACUGAUUGUCAUCCUACUAAUUUUGUUCAGCUGACAUGGGUAUUCUUCUCUGCUUAAGAGGUGAGGACUGUUAUUGUAAAGGGUUUGUUACCAACGUUUUGGGGAGCAGCAGAAGAGUUUUUUCGUUGCUGAUGUAAAAGUCUGAUUACAUAGCCAACUCGUCAUGCCCGUUUAUCAUGUCAACGCUGGAAUGUCUAACCCACCAUAGAUUCCUGAGGAUACUUUUUACCAAACUCAACUCCCUCCUGCAACUACUUCGUCUGAUGAAUACUCUGUUCUUGCUAGAACACUUCCAUAGUGGCAAUCCAAAUCAG